CACAGCAACAGUGUGGUGCUCUGGGUCUCCAGCUCUGCCUGCACACGGAUCUGCAGCUCGCUGAACAUCUGCAAGCCAAGUUUUUCAUGUUCUCCCGCCUGUGAAUGCUGCCCAAGUGCACCGAGAAGAUGGGCACAGGGGAUUAUCUCUGCAUUGCUAUGAGCGGAGGGGCGCCGUGGGGCUUCAGGCUGCAAGGGGGCAAGGAGCACAAGCAGCCUUUGCAAAUCGCCAAGGUUCGCAGCAAAAGCAAAGCAGCCAAGGCUGGACUGUGUGAGGGGGAUGAGGUGGUGUCUAUCAAUGGCAAGCCUUGUGGAGACCUGACCUAUGCUGAAGUCAUUGUUCUGAUGGAAAGCCUGACUGACGUCCUGCAGAUGCUUAUCAAGAGAUCCUCCAGUGGAAUAAAUGAAAUCUUGAAUGCUGAAAGAGAAAAUGGGAAGCACGAGAACAUAAAAAUUGAGGACUAUGGGGAGAACACCACACUGCAAAUGAACACAGAGCAAGAGAUUCCCCACGGAGACUUAUGCAUCACAGAGAUUUACAGUGGGACUCACCACGGAGCAGCAGAAAGCAACACACACUUUGCUGAAACAAAACAAGAGACCACACAAAGCCACAGAAUUGCUCCUAAAGUGAUAGCCACCCCUAAAGUGAUCGUGACAGACGAGGCUGGUGUCAGAGGGGUGGCAGAGGAAGGUGCCAUGGUUGAGCUGCAGGUGUCCCUCUCAAAUGACGCCCACCAGGCCACCAGUGCUCCUGCUGUGGCUCUCCUGGGGGCAGAGGAGUUCUCCCCUGCAGGCAGAGGCCCCAGUGCACAGCAGGGCGGGAGCAGCCCCCUCAUCGCCGUGCCCCUGGCUGUGAAGGAGGGCAACAUCCAGUGGUCAAACAAAGUAGUCCACUUCUCCAGCAGCAAGGAGGUCAAGAGGAUCCAAGGUGCAGCUCCAUCUAUCCCCAGGGUGGAGGUGAUCCUGGACUGCUCAGACAGGGAGAAGGAAGCGCCCAGGUCUCCGUCUGAAAGGGGGUGUGUUGAUUCUCAAGUGGAAGGAGGGCAGUCGGAAGCACCUCCUUCCCUCCUCUCCUUUGCAAUCUCAGCAGAAGCCACAGUGCAGGGAGAAGACAGCAAGCACUCGGAAAAGGAACACAGACCUCUCAAGCACAGGGCAAGGCACGCAAGGCUCCGACGGAGCGAGAGCCUGUCGGAGAAGCAGGUGAAAGAAGCCAAAUCUAAAUGUAAAAGCAUUGCACUGCUGCUGACAGCAGCUCCCAACCCCCAUUCCAAGGGGGUGUUGAUGUUCAAGAAGCGCCGCCAAAGGGCGAGGAAAUACACUUUAGUCAGCUACGGGACUGGGGAGUUGGAACGUGACGAGGACGAGGAGGAAGAGGGUGAAGGUGAAGAGGGGGACAAGGAAAACACUUUUGAGGUGAGUUUGCUUGCAACAAGUGAGUCAGAAAUAGAUGAAGAUUUUUUCUCUGACAUUGACAAGGACGGCAAGAUCGUGACAUUUGACUGGGACAGUGGUCUGCUCGAGGUGGAAAAGAAGACAAAAAGUGGAGAGGAGAUGCAGACACUUGCAGACACCACGGGGAAAGGGGCCCUCAUGUUUGCCAAGAGGCGGCAGAGGAUGGAUCAGAUUACGGCGGAACAAGAGGAGAUGAAGGCAAGCGCAGUGCAGGCAGAGGAGCACAGGGAAAGCACCAUGACAGAGAACUUCCAGAAAGUGAGCUCUUCCAUCUACCAAUCAAAAGAGGAGGAAAUGUCGAGACAGCAGAGCUGUGUGAGCAAAAGCUACACAGACGUGAGCCAGAAUCACAGCAAAGUGGUACAACAAAAUGGCUUUGGCUUAGCACCUGGCACAAACCUGUCUUUUCAGUCCUCUGGAACUCAAAAGGCACCAUCUUUGAAUAAAACAGCAAAACCCUUCCCUUCUGGAGUUCAAAACCGAGCAGCUGCACCAUUUUCACCUGUAAGAAAUGUCACCAGUCCCCUUUCAGAUGCAGCAGCACCACCUCCUUACUGCUCUGUCAGCCCACCAGCUGAGGAUUUCUACAGACCUGUCUCAGCUCCUGUGGCCAGCAAGGCCGCCCCGCCCGCAUGGGCAGCGUCGGAGCCCACGGAACACAUCGCGUCCAGGGAUGAACGGAUUGCCGUGCCAGCCAAAAGAACUGGGAUACUGCAGGAGGCAAAGAGAAGGAGCACUUCCAAACCCAUGUUCAAUUUCAAAGACGCACCCAAAGUAAGUCCUAAUCCUGCCCUGUUGUCCCUUGUACACAAUGCAGAGGGCAAAAAAGGGACCGGAGCUGGUUUUGAGUCAGGACCUGAAGAAGACUACCUCAGUUUGGGAGCAGAAGCUUGCAAUUUCAUGCAGACUCAAGCAUCUAAACAAAAGGCCCCUCCUCCUGUUGCUCCAAAGCCUUCACUCAAGGUGUCUCCUUCGGCUAGUUCUCCACUUUCACCAGUUUGGUCACCUUCAGCUGCAGCUUCCAACAAGCCUCCUUCUUUCCCAGCACCGGCCUCACCUCAAGCAGCGUAUCCUGCACCACCCAAAUCUCCACAGUAUCCUCAUUCUCCCGUCCAUCCCCCAAGCACUCUCGACCUUGCUGGUCCUUUCAAAGGGCCUCAGGCCAGCCUGGCGAGUCCAAACCUUGCCCCCAAGGCAACACCAGUCACCCCAAGCUCUGGAGAAACAAAGCCUCCCUUCGAGAUGCCACCAGAAAUGAGUGGGAAAGGAGCGCAGCUGUUUGCCAGGAGGCAUUCCCGAAUGGAGAAGUAUGUGGUGGAUUCAGAGACUGUGCAGGCUAACAUGGCACGAGCAGCAUCUCCAACUCCAUCUUUACCAGCUUCUUGGAAAUAUUCAUCUAACGUCCGAGCACCUCCACCCGUCGCUUAUAAUCCCAUCCACUGCCCAUCUUACCCUGCUGCUGCUACCAAGCCUUCCUCUAAAGCCCCUGCUGCUACCAAAAACACAAAAAGAAAACCUAAGAAAGGUCUCAAUGCUUUGGAUAUCAUGAAACAUCAACCUUAUCAACUCGAUCCAUCUUUAUUUACUUUCCAGCCUCCUAAGGAAAGCCUUGCCCUGAAGCAGACAUCGAAGCUGUCCCCCUCAAAGCAAACACUGCCUUUACCCACCUUCCUUCCACCUGGUGCUGGCUCUCCCACGAGGGCCCGGCCCUCCUCGGUGUACUCCGUGCCAGCCUAUGGCUCCCAGCCUUCGUUCCCGUCCAACGCCUCUCUCCCAGGGAAUGAAUCAUACUCACCCAUGGGCUACUCUGCCUUUUCUAAGCCAGAAACCACCACAUCCUCUUUGUUUACCGCUCCGAGGCCAAAAUUCUCAGCCAAGAAAGCUGGUGUCACUGCACAGGGAAGAAGCAGUGGCCGCUCACUAUCGCUUCCUGGGAGACCUUCCUCAUUCAUCCCUCGAGCCAUGUCUCCCACUUCUCCUCUUGUAUUUCAGCCUGCCCCUGACUACUUCAGCAAGCCAGACACGGCAGCUGACAAGCCUGGCAAGAGACUGACUCCCUGGGAAGCAGCAGCCAGAUCUCCCCUUGGCCUAGUGGAUGAAGCUUUCGGCCCCCAAAGCAUGCAGGAAUCCGUUGCUGCUAACGUGGUGUCGGCCGCUCGCAGGAAAACGCUUCCUGAGCCACCAGAUGAAUGGAAACUUAAAGUUGCUUACGAGCCCCCAGCCCCGAGUGGUAGCAUAGCCUCACUGGGAGGGAAGCAAUCUGGGGUUCUGUCACCCCAGAAAAGCUCCCUGUCUGCCCCAAGUGCCCCGCAGGCUGGCCCUAAGCUGCAGUAUCCUUACUGCACUCAGCGCUCCACGACGGAUCCCGAUAUAAUGUCCAUGGAUUCCAGGUCUGACUAUUGCUUGUCAACAGCUGAUUCAAACUACAAUCCACAGCCAAGGGGAUGGAGGCGUCCAACAUGAGCAGCUGAAGGGCCUGGGGCAUUUUCCCUUCCUCCAGCUCAGCAAGCCCUAAGAUGUGAGUUGGAGAAGGAAAGUUUCUUGCUGGCCUAGUGAUCUCUGAAGUAAAAAAAUGAGGAGACAAAAUUGAAUGGAGCACAGUUUUCACAUGACUGCAGCGCUAGCAGCCUCUAGAAUAGACUCAGUUUUACACCUAAGAUUGUUCCGUUUGUCAAAAGGCAAAAAUAUGCAUUUCUUGGGGUGAGGGGGGAGAUGAAAGUGGGGCAAUCCAUGUACUCGAUGCAAAAAUCUAGCAAGGAUGUACAAAGUGACAGCAAAAAUGCUUGCAGUUAAGCUAAUGUGAAAAAAAAAAAAAAAGUAAAAUAAGGGCAUUUUAAAACCAAGAAGUAUUUUACAGGAUCUUGCAGGUUUUCUGAGUAUGUUAGGCAUGAGUUCUAAGUUACUAAAUAUAGUCAGAUUUGCAAAAGUUCUAAUGGAAGGGGAAGACUUUGAAGCACUGGCUUAUUUGCCAUAUGGUUUUUUACUGCAUUUCUAUUAUGAGCUAAGAAAGUAAAUCCAUGAAUAUUCUUACUAUGGCAACAGUUAAAACACAUUUGUGGCAAUGGUACCUGAAUCACCACAAUAUGUAGAUACAGGAAAUCAUACAUAGGCAAUCAUUUCAGAUAGAUUUCAAGACAGUUCCAGUGAAGUUUUACAUCUUGUAAUUAAUGUCAAAACACCAAGAAGAGAGGCAUUGUUAAUAGAGAUCAAUACCAUGAUACUUGAACAACAAAAGAGAUGAGGAGUGUAUUUAAACUGGAUUGCAAGUUAUUUUUGUAAUAAACUAUCAAACAAGUCAGAGGCUGAACAGCCUUUAUUUCUCUGUGAAAUGCACUAUUUGCUGAGCAUUUACUGCUCCAGUGCCUGGUAAUCCAACUGGCUGGGCAGUUAUUUGUGUUUCUAAGGUAGCUCAAUAUUUAGAAAGCUUUUGAGUUGUACCCUCAGUUGGGAAGACAUAGAUAAGUUGUUUAGCAAGGACAGUUCCUGCUCUAGAAGCUGGCAUGUGGCAGAGGGUUCUUGAUAUGUGGUGCAGGGUGUGAGUCUAGGAGCAAAUAUUUGGGUGGUUGGUUAUACCUAAAUGAUGCUGAUGGAUCUGAAGGGAUGCUGAGUAAUUUUUGCUGGUGAGACAUUCCUUGCAUUUGCAGCUUAUUUAAACAAUAGAAAUAUGUGGCUAAAAAUGUAUGUAUUCCAGGCUUCCUGGGUAGUUUAGAUGUUGUUAAAGCAUUAAAUGAACACCCCGAGUUUUACGAAGUGUUGUCAAUCCUCCUUAUUCUGUGGGGAAUUCUUGAAGGAUCUGUCAAGCACAGUCAGCUAAAAUUACUGCAGCAGCACUAUUAACUCUCCUUAGUUUAAUAAGGCUGUCACUGUGAGUGAAGGGAUUCGAUUAGAAAAAACUAAAACAUAUAUGCAGCAAGAAAAAAUAUAGCACAAAAAAUUCCCAUCUGCAAAGAAUUUUCACUUAGAGCAAUUAUAAAAUGAAGGAGAAAGGAAAAUGAAAUCCAAGUUCAGUUGAGGUGGAACUUGCCCUAAAAGCAAAUAAUUACAGGAAAAAAAUAUAUCCUUAAUGAGUUUAAGUUGGCAGAAAUUCUGUAGCCAAACAGAAGUCUCCCUAAAAUUCAACUGAUCUUUCUGACCAGUGAGGAAAUGAAGAUGAGAGAGUGGUAAACUUUUCAGAUUUCUGCUUUUAACUGUUUCCCUUACAUCAUUAGAAAGAAAAACAGAUCAUUGAGUUUGCAUUAGAGCAUAUUUUUACCCAACACCAUUAUUUUAAUUCUAAGAAUUGGACACCUAACUUUUACAUUCCCAUUGAAAGCAGUGGCGUGAAUUCUGAGGUCAUGCAUCUAUCAGAAGAAAAUGUGUGCUUAAUUUUAAGGUACAUGCAAUUAAAAAUUGCCAAAAGUGUUUUUAAAUGUUGAUAUUGCAAAAAAAGUUAUGAUACCAAGUGAUCUUGGAAAGGCUUUAAUGCUGUGAUCACAUGGCUUUACAGGAAAAGAUUCUCUAGAAUGAAGCCCUAAUUCCCCACCGCAAAUAGGCAACAAACAUGGAAGUGAAGAGUUUCAGACAGGAUCACUGGCUUUCUGUCAACUCCCCUAGAACAAAAACUGUGCAGCCCUAUAAUUUCAUUCUCUUCACAAGCAGGAAUUAAUCUCUGAGCACUUCUGUGAACAUGAGAAUCCCUGACGCUGGAGUUUCAUGUAGCUUUGUAUCAUAUCACAGAUUAAUUUGGGUGUUUAAUAUGACCUCCUCCAGAUUUCUUUUUUUCCUCCUGCUGAGGAUUUCCUAGCUCUCUUUCCCAUGUGGAUUCUCCCCUAUCUAAUAUGGAAUGACUUCCCAGUGCAGCAUUUCCCUCAACAGCAACACUGGGAAGUGGAUCUGGCCUCCCUGACACUGUCUAUUUUUACAAAGUCUGUGGCAAUGGAUUGUCUCUGAGAUCUGUUCCUGUGCCGCAGAGAAAUGGAGCUAAUAAACAGUUUUGAAGUUAUUAAUGGGAGGGCAGACCUGAGGGCAGGCAUGCAGACAGAUCACAUAGCCUUGUUUGGAAGGAAAUCAGGCUAAAUCCAGAUUGAGAUCAUGUAGUGAUUUCAAAGAAAGCAGCAGGCCCAGACCAGUAAAUGAAAUAUUAAUGCAUCAGAGCUUUAGAAGGACCCCACAGCAUUUUUCACCUUCUGUCCUUCACCCCAUUCCUCCACUAGCAAAGCAUCUUUCUAUAAAAUAGUUGUGACUGUUGUGUGUGAGUUCUGAAUAUAUUAAUGCAAGUAUUUCAUACAUUUGCUUUUGAAUGCACAGAUCUGCUCAGUAAAUGUGAGGAAAAAUUUCUCUUGAUAUUUUAAAUCAUUUGCUUUGUGCUCACCCUCAGAGGUGUCUCUGUUAACAUGCAGAGCAUUUGAAUACACAAUAUAAUUGAAAAUUAGUUUCCUUAGUUAUGUUAGAUGAUGAUGUUCACAAUCUUGUUCAUAGUUUGUUUUCAUUUUUGUGUGCUUCAACACAACCAAAUAUCUAUUUACACUGCAUUUCUGCCUAGUAGCAAGAGACUGUGUUAUCUUUAUAAAAGACUUUUCACUUCUAAAGACUUUUGCUCAUUGCAGAGGACACUUUAUUUGACAGUGCAUGCCAGCGAUGUAAAUUGUAUCACAUAAUAAAGUGAUUUGACCAAUCAGAUGAGAAACACAAUUUUGUUUUCCCUAAAUUCUUUUCUGUUUGUUUAAAUAAUCUGAACCCAAGUAAAGCCUAAUCUCUUUUUUUCUGCACCAUUUUUAGACUCACUGACUUUGCCUGUCAGUGACCUCGUGCUGGUCUCAGCUUCUAGAAGCUUAAAUCAGUAUCAGGUCAAAAGGCAACUUAUCAAAUUUAGUGGAAUUUCAUUUCCAUACUGACUAAGCAGGGGAAGGAAACACAGUGAAGUACAAUCUAGCCAGGUUAAAUAAUACAAACAGAACAGUUUUUAUUGUUUGAACAUUUUCAGCCCAAUCACAAAAAUCUGCAACUAAAAUCUACUUACUGUACUUGUUUACUUUACUUGCACCUAACCCUCUGUUUAAUUCCUUGUACAUUGCUGUAUUCUCAUUGUUUGAAGCUUACUGUUCAACCGUGAAAUAAAUAUUGUGAAUAAAUUGUGA